AUGGGUCUGGCGUCGUAUUUAACGGUGGCCAACAUCGGCGUGCACGUGCUCGGCACUAUCACGUUCGUCUUCUCCGUCUACUAUAAUUACGUUCACGUCAACAUACCCACGCACGUGAAUCCCAUCGACGAUGCAUUCGGUGGGAAAUUCAAAUACCUCACGUUUUUAGACGGAUGUUUUCAAGCAUUGUUUUUCCUAUAUGCAUUGAUUGUGGACAUAUUUCCGUUGAUUUUCCCUACUAAAUCUUCGAUCUUGGAAACAUUAACUCAAGUGAAAAACUUUUUCUUCGCCAGCAUCGCUUUUCCACUAAGUAUGUUUGUGUCUACGACUUUUUGGAGCUUAUGGUUUAUCGACCGUAGUCUGGUGAUGCCUAAAGAUAUAGACUUAUAUUUUCCAAUGUGGCUGAACCACACAAUGCAUACAUUCGUAUUCGUAUUCGCCUGCCUAGAAAUGGUCACCGCCUACCGACCAUAUCCAUCCCGUAUUUUCGGAAUGACCACACAUAUUUGUCUGCAGUUAUCUUAUUUAAUAUGGAUUCACAUUGUGUAUAGCCAGUGCCAUUUGUGGGUGUAUCCGAUCCUUACUCAGUUGAGCUUGCCAUUGAGAUGCUUGUUCUUCCUGGGCACGUUUGUGUACACAUCUGUCUUAUACAUGGUUGGCGAAUAUUUCAACAAGUUUGUCUGGGGCUAUCAACCUCAAAAGGUUCAAGAAAAACGACAAUAA